ACCUAUUGCAAAAUCAGUUGCAAGUAGCUCUCUCGAGUCUUACUUUUGUCAGAAGGAUAAUAAUGGUCAUAAUAAAAAUACGCUUAGUUUAUCUCAAAAAAGAGGUUCUAAAAAUAAAAGAAAAAACAGAUUCAUACUAGAAGAGCAAGUCCAUUUUCAAGAUACAAUUUUGGACAAGCCUUACUAUAAGGUAAAGAUUGUUAAAGUUAUUAGUAAAAGAAAGGUUAUUAUAAACAUUACUUUUGAAAGCAAUAAUAUGAAUCAAUAUAUAGUUCAAUUAACUAACAUAAUUGGAUUCUCACAGAAAUGUCAUUGUUUAUACAAUGCCAUAGAAGGGAAGAAAGAUGAACUACACUUAACUUCUACAUGUCCAGUAGAUACAAGUCUUAUACUUAUUCAAAGUGCUUUUACUCAGCAAAAUAUUUAUAGUCAAGCAGCAGCUUUUGCUAUAGCUGAUCUCACUUCAUGUACACAUCUUAUAAUCAAAAUUUUUGACCAAAUGAAGCAGAAGCAAUAG